UCCUCUCUGCCUGGCUCUCUCUCAUUUGCUAGUGAACUUUGUAUAUUAUAAGUUACCAAUCUUCCCAAGUGAGUUCCUAAAACUGGAAAAGAGAACAUCACAGACAGAAAGGGUCCUUCCAAGAUACCAACUGAUACUGUUCAAGAUGUCAAGCAUUGGAUAUGAGCUCCAAAGAAUUGAGACACAUGUGCUGAAAGUACAUGUUGAUUGUCAAGGUUGCCAGCAGAAAGUUAAGAAACUCCUCAAGAAGAUUGAAGGUGUUUAUUCAGUGAAGAUAGAUGCAGAACACCAGGUGGUCAUAGUCACAGGAGUAGUUGAUCCUAUGACCUUAGUCAAGAAGUUGGUCAAAUCUGGCAAACAUGCAGAGGUUUGGUCCCCAAGCUCCAACCAGAGACUAGGCCAGGAACAACCCAAGUUCAUCAAAGACGACAAUAACAAUAACCAAAUUCUGUAUCUUAGGAAUGAGCAAGUACCCCCCACCUUUGGCUGUGAAGUUGGAGACGUGUGGAGUCUUGAGAACUAUCUCAACCAGCAUAUUGGGAUGAACUCUGCAAUUGGCGAGACUAGUCAGAAUUUGAAAGCGAAAGGGAAUAUGGAUAACUUGUACAUGAAAAAUCAAGAUGGAGACACUUUUGCGCAGGAAGGCAAAGUCAUACCCCUGAUGAGUCCUGCGGGUUUUCAAGGUAAUGGAGCUGGCUCUGUUGGCUUUGGUGGACAGGAGUUUGGUAUGUUUCACAAUAUUCCUUUCUCCAGGUUGCCAAGUUAUGAACAUAAUCAUCUACCAUCCAUGAUGAACACCAACAUGCUUCAAGAAGGAUACCACCGUUAUCAUCCAACUAGAGAUAUGAACCUUUACAUGCAGGAGCCGGACAAACACAGCAAUAACAAUAAGAUGGUUAAUGACAACGUGUACAUGCAUCAUCCUUACAUGAUGAAUUACUAAUAUUGCCUAGUUCCUCCUUUCAAUUCACAAAAUCGAUGCUAUUAAGUAGGACUGUAGGACUGUCACUGUUGCAGUCAUGCAAAAGAGAAAUGCAAGAUUCAAUGCAGCAACAGUGAAGUGGAAAGCACUUACCAGGCUGAGUAGUUAAGUAAUCUACUACUAGUAUACUUUAGUAUCAGAGGAAUUCCCCU